GAGGAGGGACAGCAGAGCGCGCGGAGGAGGAAAGGAGGACAGAUCGGAGGAUGCUGCUGUGACACGCGGAGCUCCUCCACCUCGCAGACGGAGCGCGCGCGCACCGGGGGCUCCUCUUCCUCCUCUUCCGUGACUUUUCUCGUCCCUCCACCCCCUCCCCGCGGACGCCAUGCCGCCGGCCGCCUGCGCGCCCCGACUCCGGCCGCGCGGCGCCCUCCUCCCCUCGCUGCUGUGCCUCGCGCUGCUGUGGAGCGUCUCCGCAGGAGAUGAGGAACCUGCCACAGCUUCCACCUCCAUCCCACCUCCGGCGGCGCCACCAGGUGGUGCAGAGGAGGACUCCUCCAGAGGCAGAAGUUCCAGCGCAGCAGCCGCUUCAUCACACUCGGUUUUGCCCCAAAAACGGCGACUGGCGCCCCAGAAAGGGGACGUCCCCCCGUCUGCUCUGCCCCAGAAUCUGCUCCCUCUCCUGGGCAGAGGACUGACUGUUAGCUCCCUCCACGGGAGUCACGCUCCAGAGCUUCAGAAAAAGGAGGUGAAGCCGCCAGAAUCAGCUGCAGCGCCGGGCCAAGGCGGCCGCCCCACCCCUCCCACAGACUCCCAGCCGCCUCGCACACAGACUCCGCCCCUCGAGCUGGAGGCUGACAGCACCAUGGCGGGCUCCGUGCUGGACGGGGACGUCCUUUCAGCAGCUGCGUCCAGUUGUAUGCUGAACUUCAGCGAGCCGGAGGGUUUCAUCGACUCUGCAGACAACCCCCCCCUCCCCGACGGCGUCCUGCUGCACUGCACCUACACGGUGACGGUCUACACCGGCUACGGCGUGGAGCUGCAGGUGAAGAGCGUGAACCUGUCCGACAGCGAGCAGCUGUCCAUCAGAGGCGUGGACGAGCGGGGCGCCUCGCUGGUUCUGGCCAAUCACACGCUGCUGGUGGAGGGUCAGGUGAUCCGCAGCCCCACCAACACGCUGUCCGUUUACUACCGCUCGGCGGCGGACGGGAGCACGGGCCUGUUCCAGCUGCACUACCAGAUCUUCAGGCUGAGCUGCUCGCUCCCAAAGAGGCCUCACUUUGGGGAGGUGUCGGUUCUGGACCUGCUCCCCGGCGGCAUCGCCCGCUUCCACUGCCACAUGGGUUACCACCUGCAGGGGGCGCACCUGCUCACCUGCCUCAACGCCUCCCUACCGGCGUGGAGCGGCAAGGAGCCCACCUGCCGAGCUUUGUGCGGGGGCACCGUGAAGAACGCCACCAUAGGGAGGGUGUUGUCCCCCUCCCCCCACCACGGACCCAACGCCACGCUGGACCGGUCCUGCUCCUGGUCCCUGGAGGCGCCAAAAGACCAGAGGCUGCACCUCCACCUGGAGAGGCUGCUUCUGGGGCCCACCGACAGGCUGGUUCUGUGGAGCGGCCUGGACGCCGGCUCGGUGGUUCUGUUUGACUCGGCCCGUGGGGGGCAGAUCCCCUUCGAGGGGGUGAUCAGCGAGGGUCCGGCGGUGCGGAUCCAGUUCAUCACCGAUCAGCCCAAUCCCAACACUGGAUUCAACAUCCGCUAUGAAGCUUUCGAGCGCGGCCACUGCUACGAACCGUACCUGCAGAACGGGAACUUCACCACCACUGACCCUCUGUACGGGGUUGGAACUGUGGUCCAGUUCACCUGUGACCCGGGCCACUCUCUAGAACAGGGCCCCCCCGUCAUCGAGUGCAUCAGCGCCCGCGACCCGUACUGGAACGACACAGAACCCAUCUGCAAAGCCCAAUGUGGGGGGGACCUGACCGGACCUGGAGGUGUGAUUCUGUCCCCAAACUGGCCCGAGUGGUACGGAGAGGGGGAGGACUGCAGCUGGAGGGUUCAUGUGGAGGAGGACAAACGAGUCCUGCUGGAUGUUCAGCUGCUGAACAUCAGCGACAGCGACAUGCUGACCAUCACCGACGGCGACGAGGUCACCACUCGGAUCUUGGGCCGCUACGUCGGCGGCAGCAGCCCCUUUAAGCUCUCCUCCACCAGCCCGGACCUGACCAUCACCUUCCACUCCGACCCGGCGGGCCUGGUCUUUGGCAAAGGCGAGGGCUUCAUCAUCAACUACAUGGAGGUUUCCAGGAACGACUCCUGCCCGGACCUGCCCGAGAUCCAGAACGGCUGGAAGACCACGUCCCACGUGGCUCUGGUGCGAGGAGCUCGGAUCACCUACCAGUGCGACCCCGGUUACGACCUGGUGGGGCGGGAGACCCUGACCUGCCAGCUGGACCUGUCCUGGAGCUCGCAGCCGCCGUUCUGCGAAAAGAUCAUGUACUGUUCGGAUCCGGGUCACGUAGAACACGCCUCCAGGACGCUGUCCGACCCCAAACUGCUAGUGGGAACAACCAUUCAGUACAGCUGCAGCGCCGGGUUCAUCCUGCAGGGCGGCGCCACCAUCACCUGCUACGGCCGCGAGCCUGGCACCCCGGUGUGGACGUCUCGACUGCCCCACUGUGUUUCGGAGGACUCUGUCUCCUGCGAGAACCCGGGUCUUCCUGAAAACGGCUACCUGAUCCUGUCCAAGAAGCUGUACCUGCCGGGCGAGUCGCUCACCUUCGUCUGUUACCAAGGUUACGAGCUCAUAGGAGAGGUUGCAAUUAAAUGCAUCCUUGGGAGCCCGUCGUUCUGGAGCGGCCCGCUUCCUCUCUGCAGAGCCAACCAUGACUGCUUUGGCAACCAUGCUUUGGAAGUUGCAGAAGCAACAGCCGGGUCUCCUCUGGAUGGAGGAAAUGUAGCGCUGGCCAUCUUCAUCCUUGUCCUGCUGCUGUCUGUGCUGCUGGGAGGGGCUUACGUCUACGUCACGCGGUGCCGAUACCACUCCAACUUGAGGUUGCCUCUCAUCUAUCCCCAUCCUUACCGACAGAUCACUGUAGAAACAGAGUUCGACAACCCGCUGUACGAGACCGGAGGACAGGACACAAGAGAGUACGAAGUUUCAAUAUGAGAAGGACAUUCUGACCCGACGGACCCGCCCUGACCCUCCAUCUUCCCCACCUGCCCCGCUCCGGCCAGGAGGAGGCAAUGUAAAUACAAACGAUGAUGUCCUGCCCCUUCUGCUACGAGACGCAGACUCUGAUCCUGUUCGCCCUCCUGUGAUGUGAAAGCUUUUCUACACCUAAAUGGGAGAGAUUGAACAAAGAGGAUCCAGAGACGGACCAGAGAGGGGGUGAUGGGAGAUGAAAGAUGGACUGAAAAUACCCAAAGAUCAUCUGCUGACCGACAUGUGGUGCAGAAAGAGAAGUGAGAUGACACUGCUGGGGAGAGGGGGUUGGAUCCUUUAGAGGUUAAAAAAAAGACAAUUUUUGGAUCUAAUUCAGAAAGACAAACUGGUAAAAAAAAAACGAGAUUAGAGAGAUGUCAACGCAUUACCACAAGUGGCCACUUGG